AUGGACAUGUACCUUGACCCACAGCUUCACAGGGAGGUGCACCAGAGUGGCGAGAAGACAUGGAUCUUUAAGUUCAAAGACCACCGUGCAAAUCGGUGGCACGAAUGGUGCUAUGUGCGUGAGCGGAAAGGGUCUGACCGGCAGGAAAUGACUUCUGGGCAGAGGGCCUCCCCUAUGGGGGCUAUCUUCACGGCCGCUGGAGGGCCAAUCACCUUUAGAAGGCUGACGAAGAGCCAGAAACCAGCGAUUGGGUCAGUUGGCAAGUGGCGCAUGGCAGAUGAUGGAAACAGCUUCGAGUUCCUCAAUUGGGCCUGCUGCUUUGGUGCAAACUUGCUGCCGCGGUUGGUGUGGACUUUGGACUUGUCCUAUGCCCCGCACAUUGUCUUCCGCGAGCAGCAUCGUUCAAUGCUGCUGAUGGGGUGGUACUUGCAAUUCGUGAAGACCCAGCGGCAAAUGCAGGAUCCAUGCAGGAUCCAUGACCUCGCAGCCAUCACGGGCAAAUGCAGCAUCCAUGACCUCGCAGCCAUCAGCUGCAAAUGCAGCAUCCAUGACCUCGCAGCCAUCAGCCUCUCCAGCAGGCGAAUGGCUGAAUUCCGCAUCAGCAUCAUCAGCAAGGUCUUUCCAAUGACGAGUUCAUUCGAUGCUGUCCGAAGCCUGAGAGGUUCAGGGAAGCCACUCCACUUCAUCCUGAGGUUUCAAAGGGGAAGCCGCAAGAGGAAUGCUCAGAAGGAGACGAUGACCGUCGUCUUCGAGGCCGAUGAUCAGCAAUCUGAGUCCUCAGAGUCUUCAGUGGAGGGGCCAGAGGAGGAAGACAUUGUCAUUCCACGGGAGCCCCUAGAGGAAGAUCAGGAGCUUCGGCUACACAUCCUGGGGAUGACUGGAUUUUGGACCAGUUCUAUCGAGACGAAUUUCGCAUCGAAGCUCUCCGAGCUACCAACGCACUGGUUGCCACCCGGCACAAUCCGAAUGUUGUACCACAAAUUUCAAUUGGAGUGUCAAGUCAAAGAAGCCAGCUGCAGCUACGGGUAUUUUUGGAACACGUUCCGUUCCCAUUGGCAUAACCUUCUGCGAUUCCUUCCACCCUCGACGCACGGCACGUGCGAUGCGUGCGCUGCGUUCAAGUCCCGGUUCAAGAAAGCAAUCACUCCAGCAGACAAAUUUCAAAACGCAACGGCUUACAGGGCUCAUCUAGACGAAGUUGCCAGAGACAGGGAUCUUGAAGAGUUCUUGCAAACUGCCACGCCGCUUACAACUCCAGGAUCCCCAUUGUGCAUGCACUGGGACGGUAUGGAUCAAUCCAAGUGGCGAAUACCAAGAUAUGAUGGCCAGCGGCCGCUCAAGAGCACCAUGAAUCUUCAGCGACCCCAGUUGAAGAUUCAGGGGAUCUGGAUUUUCAAUGUGACCCUAGAUCUUUGGGUCCUAGACCCACGUGUCGCCGCUGACUCAACCAUGGUCCUGGAAUGUGCAGCACGUUCCAUCGAUUUCGCAUUGCAGCGAUGCAAGGACGCCGGAGCAGGAAGCCCGGACCAACUAUUGGUUUGGGCAGAUAACUGCGUUCGUGAGAACAAAAACGGGCAACUGCUACGAUUCUUGGGAUAUCUGACAACAAGCCAAAGAAUGCGCAUGUGCGGGUAUUUUUUCAGCCGGGUGGGACAUACCCAUUCGGCUUGUGGCACCUAG